AUGUAUGCCCCCUUUUUCGCGCUGCUGCCGCCCACCAGGCGUCUGCAGAUGACCAGUAGAGUUUUGAUGACAGUUUUGAUGACAGAGUACACUGGGCCUAAUGGUUCACUCGCCAUGAACGCCUCCACAGACGACAGGUCAGGGAGGCAGGGGCCCCGAAAGAAAACGGCGUUUCGUCGUUUUCGGUGUUCAAGACCGAGAUUUUCUGAGUCUGACAAGAGGCGGCGGGGACCUUGGGAAACUGCCAAUUCUCCAUUAUUUGACACUGGUGCGGAGCUUCGCUUUCUCAAACGCAAAAAGCGACAACAAGCUUGUGCCAAUGGCCGCGUUGCAACGUUCUCAACCCGUGGCGCCCGGCGAGGCCCCUCAAAAGCUGACCGAGCUGUGGCGCUGGCCUGGACAUUGCAGUGUCUUGCGCUCAUUCAGGAUGCCAUCAUCCCCAGUACCCCCACGCCCCCUGAGGCGACUCCUAGCCGAAUUGACCCCCAGCUUGUGCAUGAGGCUUCCCACGUCACGAAUAAUGCGCAAUGGAGAAUUGUUUCCCAUCCCGUGACGCUGCGAGUUUCUUCUUCCCCACAACAUACUGGCCCGUCGGUGGUUGCUGCUCAAGAUCUCAUCCCACCACUGAGGACCGAGGUCUGCCUGGCCACCCCUGAUGAUGAGGGGAAGCUCUGCAUCCGGCUUGCUCCAAAAAGGAAUAAUAGCGCGGGGAUCAGCCUCGAGAGCUCGAGAGUCGAGAAACGGGAAAUUGAGGGCUUGACAACAGACAAUGCUUCUCCGUCGGCUCGGACGUGGCUUGAAGUGCGGCGCCUCCAAAAACCGCUUCCCCGUGGGCUUGGGAACUGGGGAGCGUCGGCGCCACCAGAAAACGGGGUCUGGGGAGAGCCAGGUUGCGUCAGGCCCUCUAAUUCCUCUUGGUCUUGUCUCAGUUAUCUGCCUCUCUCUCUACUAUACCAUCUAACGAGCCCCUCUUCUUUCUUACCCUUCCACCACCCAAUAAAUCGUGCUGCUGCGACCAGGAGAGCUUCCCCGCCAUACUUUAUGCUUGCCAACCUCAUCUCCCAGAGUCACUCCAAACUCGUCAACGCCAUGACUUCUUCCGGCAACGAUGUCUUCGUCGGUGCCAUUGACCAGGGCACCACAAGCACGCGCUUCCUCAUCUUCAACACCGAUGGCGAGGUCGUCGCCCUACACCAGAUUGAAUUCAAGCAAAUCUAUCCCCAGCCCGGUUGGCAUGAACAUGAUCCCGAAGAAAUCGUAACAUCUGUCGAGCAGUGCAUCGACGGCGCCGUUGCCGCCUUUGAGGAGCAGGGCCACUCCCGCAGCCAGAUCGCCGCCGUCGGCAUCACCAACCAGCGUGAGACCACCAUUGUCUGGGACAAGACAACUGGAAAGGCUCUUCACAACGCCAUCGUCUGGACCGACACCCGCUCCCAGGAGCUCGUCCGCCGCCUCAAGCACCGCCUCGGCUCCAAGGAGCUGACUAGUCGCUGUGGCCUUCCCUUGUCCACCUACUCCUCUGUCGGCAAGCUCCUCUGGCUGCUCGAAAACAUCCCCCAGGUCAAGGAGGCGUACGAGAGCAGUAACCUUUCGUUCGGCACCGUUGACGCCUGGCUCGCCUACAAGCUCAACGGCGGCCCCGCCAAGGACGUCCACGUCUCGGACCCCUCCAAUGCCUCGCGCACCAUGUUCAUGAACCUCGAGUCUCUCGAGUAUGAUGCUGAGUUGCUGGACUGGUUCCGCCUCGACCGUAACAAGGUCCAACUGCCAAAGAUUGUCCGCUCCUCCGAUCCCGAGGCCUUUGGCACCCUCGCCAACACGGCCCUCAAGGGCACCAAGAUCACUGGCUGCCUCGGCGACCAGUCCGCCGCUCUCGUCGGUCAAAAGGGCUUCACACCCGGCCUGGCCAAGAACACAUAUGGCACCGGGUGCUUCCUCCUGUACAACGUCGGCCCCAAGCCCAUCAUCUCCACCCACGGUCUGCUGUCCACUGUCGCCUUCGACUUUGGCCCGGGCAAGACCAUGUACGCGCUCGAGGGCAGCAUUGCUGUCGCCGGAUCUAGUGUCAAGUUCCUCGUCGAUAACCUCGGCUUCAUCGAGUCCUCCUCCAAGCUGAGUGCUCUCGCGGAGACUGUCGAGGAUAAUGGUGGUUGCACCUUUGUUACCGCCUUUAGCGGCCUCUUUGCGCCAUACUGGAUUGAUGAUGCUCGCGGUACCCUUUUCGGCAUCACCGCUUACACAAAGCGCGGCCACAUUGCCCGCGCCACCCUCGAGGCUACCUGCUUCCAGACCAAAGCUAUUCUCGACGCGAUGGAGAAGGACAGUGGUCAGGCUCUGACCGAGCUUGCCGUCGAUGGUGGCAUGUGCAACUCGGAUCUUAUCAUGCAGACACAAUCCGACUUCAUCGGCAUCCCCGUAAAUCGCCCCGCCAUGCGUGAGACGACUGCCCUUGGCGCUGCCAUUGCCGCCGGCCUGGGCGUUGGCAUCUGGAACAGCCUUGAGGACCUGAAAACCGUCAACACCGAUGGCCGCACAACCUUUAAGCCUAGCAUCACGGCCGAGGAAGCUAGCCGCCGCUUCGCCCGCUGGGAGAAGGCUGUGGAGAUGAGCAAGGGCUGGGCCAACUAA